AUGGAGACGAUUUCUGAUGGAGUCCUCAAUCAAACUGACGACUACAACUAUGAAACCUACGACUAUGUUCAAGAAGAAGAUGAGAGGAGAACCAGUCAGAUCAUCUGGUUGUGUAUUUUCUACUCUGUGGUGCUGGUUGUGGGUCUGUUGGGGAACAUACUCCUUGUGAUAAUUCUGGCACAGAAGAGGAGGUCGUGGAAGGUACUGGACUCCUUUAUUCUCCAACUGGGAGUUGUGGACAUCCUGCUGCUGCUGACGCUGCCCGUCUGGGCUGCACAGCCUUGUGAAAACUGCCCGAAUACUCUCUUCGCCAUCUGCAGAGCUGUUUUUAACAUCAACUUCUAUAUCGGGAUCUUUCUGUUGGUUUGCAUCGCUUUAGUUUACUACUUGACCACCAGCCAUGCGGCCUGGUUUUCUCACCACGGGGCUAAAUUAGCAUUUUUCAGUUGCCUGUUGGUUUGGCUCGUCUCCUCUCUCCUCACCGGCCUUGACUGGUGGUUCCUAGAGCCUGAGAAGGAUUCACCGCAAGGGAAGGCAAUCUGCGCUCAAAAAUUUGGAGUUAACUGGCUGCUGGGUUUACGUCUGCUCCACCUCUCAGUGGGCUUUUUGCUCCCUGUAGCUCUCUUUGUCAUAUUAUUUUCUCUUGUAUGGCGACGACAGCAGAGCUCCGGAGCAAAAUGCAUCCAGAAGAUGAGACCCAUUCUGAUCAUCCUGGUUCUAAUGGGGGUUUUCUUGGUCUGCUGGAUUCCCUACAACAUCGCCCUCAUUGCUGACAUCAUCUGUUACAGUUCACAAGAUGUUUUCAGCACGUUCCUGGAGUCUUUGAAAACAGCGCUUACCGUCACCUCAGCCAUAGGCUGCAGUAACGCCUGCCUCAGGCCACUCUUGUAUUUUUUACUUUAUGGAAAGUUCAGGAGAAGAACACUGAACUUCUUCAAAUGUGACACAUCUGGACACCAGAGUUCAUUAUGGGAGCUGAGCGUUGGCGAAACGGCACCGUGUGACCAGAAUCAGGCAGCUGAAGAGCAGAAAGAGAUGUUACAUGUGGAAGACUUGUCAACUAUAAAGUGA